CCGAAUUACGGUCGUGGGCAACUCUACUCCCUGCAUCGGCAGAUAUUCGAAGUCUGAUCCCGAGUAUACCUCAGGACUUUAAAAUGAGCCUGGUCGCCAUGGGACUCAUGGAGCUCGAAUUUCUCCAUUAGGGCCGUGAAUCUUGCUUAGCUUAGCGCUCGCAACACCAAGCCAAAAUGUCGAAGGCAAUAGCAGGCCACGACGUGGCCGCCACCGAUGUCGCAAAAGUGUCGGAGAUCGAACACUUGCUUGCCCAAGAUACGACACCAUGGUAUAGAAAGAAGAAUCUUCGCCGGCUAUACUUCUGCCUCGUCCCGGCUGCUCUUGGUGUCGAAAUGACGUCCGGGUACGAUGGGAGUGUCCUGAAUGGACUCCAGGCUGUGCAGCCGUGGGAGGAUUACUUCAACAGCCCAACAGGAGCCUUGCUUGGUGUCAUGACGGCGGCAUUCUCCAUUGGAGCAGUCAUUGCCGUCCCUUUCGUUCCGUAUGUGAAUGACCGUUUCGGACGAAAAGCUUGCGUGGUGCUGGGCUCCGCCAUCAUCAGCGUUGGUGCCAUCCUGCAGACGGCGGCUGUCAACAUUGCAAUGUUUCUUGUCGCAAGGAUCAUUCUGGGUAUGGGAAUCGUAUAUGCCAUUAGUGGAGCCUCACAACUCAUUGCUGAGUUGGCGUAUCCCAAAGAACGGUCUGUAAUCACGGGCUUGUUCAACGAGAGCUGGUAUGCUGGUGCAAUCAUUGCUGCCGGAGUCACGCUAGGGACAUACUCUUGGGACAGCAAUUGGAGCUGGCGGUUGCCCUCGCUCCUCCAGCUCUUACCAUCGACAUUACAACUCAUCUUCAUAUGGUUCAUCCCCGAGUCUCCACGUUUCCUCGUAUCCAAGGACCGACAUGAAGAGGCCUUGGAGAUCUUGAUCAAGUAUCACGCCGAAGGUGACCGCUCGAGUCCAUUUGUGGCAGCAGAGUUCCAUCAAAUUCGCGAAACAAUCCGGAUGGAAAUUGAGGGCACAAAGACGCCUUGGAAAGAACUCGUGUCAACCAACGUCAACCGUAGACGUGUUCUCAUUGCAGCAUGUGUCGGCUUGUUCUCGCAGUGGUCUGGCAACGGUCUGGUCUCAUAUUAUCUGUCCAAAGUCCUUGCAUCAGUGGGUAUCACGGCCAAGCGAACACAAAACGAGAUCAACCUUGGCCUUUCAUGCUGGAAUCUUGUCACGGGAGUCACCGGUGCCUUCCUCACCCACAAAUUGCCACGCCGACGCCAGUAUUUGACCUCCUACACCGGCAUGACCAUCAUGUUUGCAUGCUGGACUGCGGCCUCGGCAGUCUAUGCACAAGAUCACACCAACAACUCCGCUGCUAAAGCGGUGGUCGCUCUCAUCUUCAUUCUACGGGUUUUACAACCUCAUGAUGCCACUGACAUAUGUCUUCAUCUGUGAAGUGUUCCCUUUCAUCCACCGCAGCAAAGGAGUGGCGAUCACCCAAUUCUUCUCCCGAGGAGGCAGUUCAUUCAAUCAGUUCGUCAAUCCAAUCGGCCUGCAGAAUAUCACUUGGCACUAUUACAUCGUCUAUGUCGUCUGGCUGGCUAUCGAGACGAGCACCAUCUUUUUCGUAUAUCCUGAGACCAAAGGACCCAGUCUGGAGGAGGUUGCCAUGGUCAUGGAGGGUGAUAAAGCGAAGGUCGAGGUCAUUGAGGUCGGGGCGCUGGCAGGAAAGGGCGGUUCAGGUGUCAAAGAGGUUGAGAAAGCGUGAGUACCUGUAGGUGGUUGAUCCUCAUAACACCGGCUCUCAAUGAGCGAGGUCGGACACGAGGCCACCGUCCACAUAACUCAUUCCCGAGUCCUGGCAAGCAGACAGGAUAACCCACGCGCCCAUACAGUGCCUAGGGUCUCGCAUCACUGGGUGGAAAUUGACACCUCCCAACUCGUGUUCGAACUCUCAUGCCAAGCGUAUCAAACCUGUCCUGGAAAGAGAUAUACUUAGCCUCACAGCAUCGGCCUCCUGUUAGACAGUCAACCGGCACCGGCAAUUCAUGAUGCACUGCCCUUGUCAAGGAUGAUGGCAUCUCUCCAUUUACCUGCUUGCUAUCCGCCACACUCUACUCCUGAGGUUUCGACAUCUCUCCCCACCACCAAGGCCCGUCACCAUCCCAUAUGCCGAAGCGACUCAGGACCAGUGUUCAAGAUUCCAGGAGCCUUGGACGCCCAGCAUUACAGGAUUAGACAUGACAGCAGAGAAGGCCGAUCGGACAAGGCUCCUAGAGCGAUUUGAAUCAUCUCAGAAGCCCAAAAUCUGGCUUUCCC